AUGUUUCGCUCGCGCUCAUCUUUGAGCGGUGCAUUUCUGUCUCUUCUGGCUGCGAGCUCCGGUGUCGAAGCGUACCGCUGGUUUAACUGGCAAUUUGACAUCACAUGCGAGGCCACAGCCUACUAUGUGCCUGCCAAUGAAUCAGAGCUUGUUGAAUUUGUGAAAUACCAUUACCCACGCAAGACCCUGCUCAAGCCCGUCGGAAAUGGCCACGGUUUUGGCAAUCUCACCACCUGUGUCAAUGACAAAGACACUGAUCGAGAAUCUUAUAUUCUCAGCUUGGCCAAUCUAAAACAUCUGGAAAUCCAUGACAACCACACGGUCACCUUUGGUGGUGGCUGGAAUUUGGUUGAUCUCAUGCCAACUCUGGAAGAGAAUGGUCUCCAAGUAGCCAACCUUGGCAGCGAAAUGGUGCAGAACUACAUCGGUGCCUCUACUACCGGAACCCACGGUACUGGAAAGCAACACCCGAACCUCGCCACUCAGAUUGUCGGCCUUCGUGUCCUCGAUGCAACAGGAGAGAUCCACCAUAUCACAAAGAAAGACACCCCUGAAUUGCUCAAAGCUUACAGCAUUGCGAUUGGAGCCUUGGGAAUUAUCGUCGAGGUGACAAUCCAGGUGGAGCCCUUGGCCUACCUCAAGCGCACCACCAAGCUUGUGGAGGGACCCAACAACAUCACCGAGCUCUAUGAGUUGGUUGCAGAGAUUGGCGAAAAAUACGAGCAGGUCAACAUUGUCGGCCCUACUCUGAAAUGGGAUCAGUCCGAGCACGAGCUUGUGCUCAAUCCCAAUAUCACACUGGUCUACUGGGAGGAGACUGAUUACAAGGGAGUCCGGAACUGCUCCUUGGAUUUCUGCUCCAAUGACUGCGGACACUGUGACCGAAACUAUCACUGUUAUGAUUACAAGAUGGAAGCAAUUGCGACCACCCCAGCUGGCAUUUGUUACCGUGGCUUCAUGGGCCAGUUCGAGCACUUCUUCCCAAAGGAGAACCUGGCCGAGAUUGGCACGGACUAUUUGACCUACGCCCAGGCCCAGUCCGAGCGCAUGAAGCCUCACAUCGAUACCUCUGUUAUCGGCCCAGGCUUGAAGGGACACUACCUGAGUGACGAUGUGACUGUCAUCACCCGAUUCAUCAAGGGUGAUGACAACUGGUUGUCUCCAGUCAACAACGACAACUUGAAGCCCAACGCAAGUGGGAUCUUUGCCACGUUGGAAUAUUCUUGGGUUCCCACCUACAACAACUUCACCACCCAGUACUUCUUCCAGGAGCUGGCCAGCGAAUACAUCCCGAAGUUUGGUGAAACCUACAAUGUCCAACCUCACUGGAACAAGAUGCAGUUCCACAAUGAGACUUACAGUGCCACGAUCUACCCAAAGAUCCACGACUGGGUUGAUAUUCAGGAGAAGAAUGAUCCCAACUGCCAGUUUGUCAACCCAUUUUUGGCCAAGGCCCUGGGUAUCGAGCGCUGCCAGUACCUUUUCGAUUAG